AUGAAAGUUCUAUUUGAUUACCACGAGUUAUGGGAUGUUGUGGAAAAUGGAGUGUCUGCAUUAGAUGCUAAUGCAACUGAAGCGCAACGAGUAGCGCAUCGUGACCAGAAGAAGAAGGACAAGAAGGCAUUGUAUCUCAUCCACCAAGGGAUGAAUGAUGAGACAUUUGAGAAGAUCGAAGGAGCAACAACUGCAAGUGAGGCUUGGACUAUUUUGUCUACUUCUUAUAAAGGUGAUGACAAAAUCAAGAGGGUGCGUCUUCAAACUCUAAGGCGCCAAUAUGAGUUGUUGCAAAUGGAGGCCACUUGUUGCAAAUGGAGGCCCCCGAAACUGUUGAACGACUACAUUAGUAAAGUUCUCGCUCCUGACCAAUCAAAUGAAGACCAACGAUUUGAGCAUGUAGUUGCUGCAAUUGAAGAAGCCAAUGACCUAUCAACAAUGACAGUAAGGUUAUUGUCCGGUUCCCUACGAGCGCAUGAACAACGGAUGAAUGACAAUAAGAUUGAAAAACCAAUUGAACAGGCUUUACAAGCACAAUUGGUAGCUCCUCUCAUAAGCACGGCAGUUCACGAGGUAGAGGACGCGGACGUGGUGGUAGCUAUUCCAACAAAGGUCGUGGUGGCCAGAACCAUGGAAGUGCUGAGCAAAACAACACUGUUCGGCCAUUAUGCAAAUGAGUGCAGAUCAAAAGGUGACAAUCAAGCUAUCAAUUGUGCUCAGGAAGAUCGUAAUCACGAUCAAGAUGAAGGGGAUCAUGCGUUAUUAAUGGUAGCCACAUCAAAUGAAACUCCAAACUACCAGACUUGGUAUUUGGAUACAGGCUGCACAAAUAACAUGUGUGGUUAUAAAGAGCUGUUCACAGAUUUGGAUGAAUCGUUUCACACAAGGGUGAAAUUCGGUGAUGGAAGGUUCGUUCCGGUGACUGGAAAAGGGAGAAUUCUUAUCACAAUGAAAAAUGGUGAUCACAGUUGGCCGAAAAGGGUUAUGUGA